AUGAUCUUGUCAGUGGCCUUCGUGGCUACGGUUAUCCUGUUGGUCGCGUGUUGGGCCCUUUGUCGAUUGAAACGCUGGAAACACUACAAAGCUUCGGCUGAGCUGGAUGGUCCUCGUGAUUUUCCGCUCAUCGGCAGCGCGCAUCUGUUCUUUGGCAAGAGCACUGAGGAGCAGUUGCGGUGUGUUAUCGAUAUCAGCAACACCUACCAGUCACCUUGCCGUAUCUGGCUCGGACCGAAGCUGUUCGUGUUCAUCGACAAUGCGGACGAUCUGCAGACGGUGCUGAAUUCGCCGCACUGCCUCGAGAAGGCGGACGUGUAUCGGUUUUUCCAGUGUGAGACUGGGUUGUUCUCUGCACCGGCUAGCGUGUGGCGUGUGCAUCGGAAACAUCUGAAUCCGUGCUUCAACGCAAAAAUAUUGGCCAGUUUUGUGACGAUUUUUAAUGACAAAAGUGCAACGCUUGUGGGGCAGCUACGAUCGCGCGUGAACGAUCGGGCGCUGUUCAACGUGUACGAGAACAUUGCCAAAUGCACUCUGGAUAUGGUUUGUGCUACGACACUCGGGACUGACAUGAACCUACAGAACGAGGAAGGAGACGAGUAUAUCGCCGCCAUCGAAAGAGCGUCGGAGUUGUUGAACCACCGUUUAUACAAAGUUUGGCUGCAUCCAGAAUGGAUCUACCGACUGACGCCAUACUACAAAGUGCAACAGCAGUGUUACGCGACCGCGUACAAGAUGUCCCGGAAGGUGUUGGCUCUAAAGAGCGACGAGCUGGCGGAUAUCAGAAUGCGACUCAAAAACGGGAAGACACCAUCGAACACCACCGGGAAGGAUACGACGGAUGACCUCCGAAAGCCUCAGAUCUACAUCGAUCAGCUAUUCCGUUUGGCGAAAGAAACGGACGUGUUUGAUGAGCAAGCGAUUCGCGAUGAGAUCGACACGAUCAUCCUUGGAGGCAACGAAACAUCCGCUCUUACACUGUCACACGUCGUGCUGAUGCUGGCCAUCCACGAACGUGUACAGCAGAAAGUUUACGACGAAAUGGUGGACGUACUUGGAGCGAACUUCACGUCCGUGGAGCUCGAGCAUCUCCCGCAGCUGACAUACAUGGAGAUGGUGCUGCGAGAAACGAUGCGCCUUUUCCCGGUUGGACCUGUGAUCGCACGCCAAUGCACGGACGACGUUAAGAUUUCUAGAACGACACUCCCGAAAGGCGUGACGGUUGUCCUCGGGAUCUUCAACGUGCAGCGCAGCACCAACCACUGGGGACCAGCGGCUGAUGUCUUCGAUCCAGACAACUUCCUACAGGAACGUGUCGCUCAACGCCACGCGUACUGCUUUCUUCCGUUCAGUGCCGGCCCGCGCAACUGCAUCGGCUACAAGUACGGCCUGAUGUCGAUGAAGGUGAUGCUGUGCCAUUUGCUCGCGACGUACCGGUUCUCGACGGACCUCACGAUGGCCGAGCUGACGCUAAAGCUGGACAUAACGCUCAAGAUCGCAAACAAGCACCUGGUGCGAAUCACCGAGCGCUAG